AUGGCUGGCUUGGCAGACGAUGAGCCCGCUGCUUCUUCUCAGCAACCUCACCAUCGACCCCAACAGCAGCCGCUAUCGCCCCAUCAGCAGCCGCCAUCACCACAUCAGCAGGACGAAUUCGACGAGAAGCAUUCGGCCCCCUCGCUCGAGACCUUCAACACCCAGGCCACCGCAAACGACCCCCACUGCAACGACAACCACUCGGGCCUGCGAGCCGAGGCCACCCGCCUCAAUGACGAUCUCGAGCUUCUCCGGGCCGAGCGCUUCGUCUCCAACCAGGAGCAGGAGCUGGCCUCCAAGUAUAAGAAUCGGAUCCAUAACCCCGAGCCCGAGGAUGCCUUCAACCAGCCCGCUUCCAAGGACGUGACGGCCAAGCCGAAGAACGAGGAUGCCGCCCUCUACAGGUUCUGGCUCUUCCUCAAAAAAUUCCCCCGCUUCGUCCGCUACAUCGUCUAUCUCAUCCCCGGCGCCGCCUUGCUCCUCAUCCCCGUCCUCCUCGGCGCCUUCAGGUUCAGGCCCGACGAGAAGCUCGUGGGCGGCAAUGGCGGCGUCGAGCUCCUGUGGUUUGGCAUCUGGCUCGAGAUUGUCUGGUGCUCGCUCUGGCUGUCCCGUCUCGUCACCAGCCUCAUGCCGCACCUCUUCUACAGCCUCGCCCGCGUCGGCGGCUCGAUAAACGCCAAGAAGUGGAAGGACAUUGGCCAGCAGCUUGAGCUUCACACGGCCCUCUUUCUUUGGUUCCUCGCCAUCCUCAUCUCCUUCAUGCCCACGAACGAUGGCCAUCGCGGGCCCGUCGACGACACCAAGGACGUCAACAUGGGCUGGAUCGACAUUGUCAACAAAGUCAUCAUUGCUCUCUUCACCCUCGCCUCCCUCAACUUUGUCGAAAAGAUUGUCAUCCAGUGGAUCGCCACCUCCUUUCACCAACGCACCUACUCGACCCGCAUCGUCAACAACAAGGCAGAUGUCCGCCAGCUCGUCCAGCUGUACGAAUUCGCCAAGGCCAAGCUCGAGCACAGCGACAGCUUCUGGCAGAGGACCAACGCCCCCGGCGCCAGCGGCGCUCAGACGCCCUUGCAGUCGUUUCAUGAGAACGCCCGCCAGGUCCUCGGCAAGGUCGGACAGGUCGCCAACAAGGUCGGCAACGACCUCAUCGGCCGCAAGGUUGACACCAAUGUGCCCCGUCAGGUCGUCUCGGAGCUCCUCCGCAGCACUCUAGCAGCCCAUACCCUGGCCCGGCUGAUAUACAGAAGCGUGGUGCGCGACGAUCGCGACACCGUCUAUCCCGACGACUUGAAGCACGUCUUCGAGACACAGGAUGAGGUGGACGCUGCCUUUAGUGUCUUCGACAAGGAUCUUAAUGGAGACAUUUCCAUUGAAGAGUUCGAGACCGUCUGCAACGAGAUUCACCUGGAGAAAAAGGCUAUUGCCGCUUCGCUCAAAGAUCUGGACUCGGUCAUUGAGAAGCUCGACAAGGUCUUUCUCGUCAUCAUCGUCGUCAUUGCCGUCAUUGUCUUCAUCUCCAUCUUGUCAGGCUCCGCCGCGGCUGGUCUCGCGUCGGCCGGGACCUCGUUCCUGGGUCUCGCGUGGAUGCUGCAGGCCACGGCGCAGGAGUUUCUGCAGUCCGUCAUCUUCGUCUUCAUCAAGCAUCCGUUCGACGUCGGCGACCGAGUCACCAUUUACGGCUCCACGGGCGCCGACAUGACGGGUGACGACUACUACGUGACGGAGAUCUCGCUGCUCUACACCGAGUUUAAGAAGAUGCAGGGCCACAUUGUUCAGGCACCCAACUCUCUGCUCAACACGCUCUUCAUCCUCAACCAGCGCCGGUCCAACGGCCUUGCCGAUGUGCUGCCCCUGGAGAUGCGGUUCGGCACGCCGGCCUGCCUGAUUGACGAGCUCAAGGAUCGCAUGCUCGACUAUUGCUUGAAUAACAAGCGCGACUUCCAGCCCACCAUCAUCACGGAGAUGACCAAGCUCGAUCAGGUGCGCUCUUGCCACAUGAACAUGGUGUUUAUGCACAAGAGCAACUUCCAGAACGAGCUCCUCCGUCUCAAUCGCCACAACAAGUUUGUGACGGAACUCAUGCACCAGAUGACGCAGCUUGGCAUCCAGGGUCCGCUCCGCGUGGACCCCGGCGGCAGUCGCGAGGAACAGCCACAGGACGACCACGGACCGGCGCCGCAUGCCGUGCCGAAUGCCGUGCCGCCCAACAUGCGGAUGCGCAGCGGAAGCGUGCGGAGUCAGCGCCUCCCCACGACGAACGAGGAGGCAAUCCUCGGGUUCCAGGACGUGAUUGAGAACCGGCGAGACCAUACCCUGACGCAUCGCAUGGCGUCUAUCAGGGAAAAGGAGCGUGGCCUCAAGAGCGAGGCCGAGGCCGAUGUCCAGGCCACGGCGUCUGGCAUUACUCGGAUGAGCCAGUCUGACGUUCUUGGCAUGCUUCCACCAUUUUACGACUUGACGAUUGUAUUCACUUUUGACUUUGGCGAAAUGACGCAGUAA